AUGGAUACAUUGAGAAUAAAUCGUUAUAAAGAAAACAAAGCAUUGUUCGGGUGGCCGGAAAGAGAAUUGUCAGAUAACAGGGACGAAAUUGAUUUCCAAUCACCAGUAGCAACUGCCGUUACUCCAGAAGAUGAAGAAAGAAUUAAGUUGACAGAUAGAGAAAAAAGAUCAUCCAGAUAUGAAAAGUAUAUCAACACACCUAUGAAAGAAGCUGCUUCAAGUACAAACGAUGACGAUAUACAAUAUAUACAAACAGAUGCUUUAGACAGAGCCCUCCUAAACUAUAUCAGAGUUUCACUAAGAGUCCAUGGAGCGGCCUAUCAGGGAUCACCAUUCAGGGUAAUCCCUGCCUAUUCUGAGUUUCCAACUAUUCAUUCCCAAAGUGAAAAUAAAAGAAUUUUCCCUCCCAAUCCAUUUUCACCCUGCAAGAGAGCACAUAUCAAACCUGUGAACUACGGAGAAGAUUACGGUAAUUGUUAUCGAUCAGCCAGUGGUUUUGCGGAUAUCAAAAUGUGGUCUCCAUUUUAUUCUUGA